CCUGCAACACAAUAGGAUGGAAACGCCAACAUAGGAUUUAACACAAACGAUGUCGGGAGCCCCAUCGCCCUCUCCACGGCCGUCGCUGUCGUUUCGCAGCCCUGCGUCAUCGUCGCGGACAUCGCUUGACCUACCCGCUGGCACGUCGAGUACGGUUUCACGGGCCACCACGUCGCGUCGAAACCGCGCUGCUCUUCGCGAUUACUACAAUAUCAAGCCUAGUGGGGUAGGUGAAGACGCUGACGCGCAGUCGUCGACUCCGCCUCCAGAUCCUGCGGCGGAGUCGCAUUCGCCGCUGAGCGAGCUCGACAGGGAGGGUUUCGACGCAGGCGCAUAUGUUCGGAAGCUGCUAGAGCAAGAGGGCUUGGAGGGGAUCUUGAAGGUCGAGAACGAGCUUGUCGGCGAGAUACGUGGGUUGGACGGGGACAGAAAGGCGUUGGUCUACGACAAUUACUCGAAGUUGAUCAGCGCCACGGAUACUAUCAAACGAAUGCGCACCAACAUGGAUCCUCUCGCUCCGACAACUUCUACGCUGGCGCCGGCCAUUUCUCAUAUCGCUCAGACGGCAGCCACUCUUUCGAGUGACCUUGCAACUCACGUUCCCACAGAUGGCAGUCAGAGCGUUUUGCGACAAUCCAAAGCGCGCCAAACGGUGCAGUGGGUGCUAGGCGCUCCUGAUCGCUUGGAACAGCUCUUGCUGGAUGACAAGCGCGACGAAGCCCAGCAGGAUUGGGCCGCAGUGCGGAAUCUGCUCGACAAGUGGAAAGGUGUCCCCGGAGUCGACGAAAUCAGAGAAUCUUGCCAGAAAGCAUUGAACACCGUAGAAGGCUGAGCAAGCGGCAACUAGCGGUGUGCUCGAAAGCAAAGAUCAAGCCAUCUUAACACCUUUACUUCACUGCUCGAUAGAAUCAAGUACGCCGAAUCAGAGAGCCACCAGCUAUCGUCCUUCUGCCCCGUACUCUGCAGGGCCUUCCGAGUGGCACAGCCCCCCCACCAUUGAUCUGACCCUUGGCUCACACGAUCCUUCUCACUCCAUUUCCAUGGAGCAACCAAAGGCCCAAAUCAAGCGAGCGGUAACGCGCAGACCAUAAUCCAUCAAAGGACAAGUAGUCUCGUAAUCCGAUACAAACCCCGAAGUAUCCACAAAUGCACGAGUAUGUCUUCUUGGAACUUACCACAACAUCCAAGUUGUAAUUAGGGCCCGAUGAUCAUCGAUUUCAAAUAAUCAUGCAGCCCACAGCGGGUCAUGGAUGUGUUUGCUUUUCUUCUGCAUUUCCAACACCGUCGGUCCGCACCCAAAUACCCCAUGGGUCCUUGCGUGACAAUACAGUGGCUUGCUAAACCGGUGUACGACUGACAAAUGCCAGCAAGACAACGCUCAGGCUUAAAAGAGAGGGCCAUGCAGCUCAGCAAGCGAUGUGCAUCGGAUGAUUGGAAAGGAUAUGUGUCCAGUAAGAGCCUGGCAGUGUGGUCGAGACCCACCCAUCUUUGUCAAGCCGUCUGCACGUGGAAGGCCGGAUGAACCAGGUCGUUGGGACCGUUCUUUGAGAUCACCUUGGCUCACACACACACGAAUUCUUUGCAACACGGGUUUUUGAAGUCUUAUUCAUCCGAUGGCGGUAACUCCAGCACGUCAAGCGCUUAGGCGGCUACAACUGCAUGAAAUGUUCCUCACGUGUUUGGACUACCAAUCAAAACUCGCCUCACCGUCAAGACGUAGCUAGAAAAGUGGUCAAAACGCCAACGUUGCACCUCGAAGCGCCGAAUUUUCCAAAAAUGGAUCAUUUAUUGUGGAAAGCCCUAGCAGCGAAAUGUAAAUCAUUGCAAAUACGAGCCGUCCGUCAAUGCGCUCGGCGUUACCUGUAGCCAACCUUGUGAUCAGACAGAAGGCCUCUUUUUUGGCCUCUUUACGUGGCUCGCGACGACGAUUCGUUGCUUUUGAGCGGAAUGUCUGCUUUCCCGCUUAGAUGGGUCCACUCUCACACAGUCGUGGCAAUCUGCUACCGACCGAGGUUUGAGCAGGCUCCGCAUAGUGCAUGGGUGUAUGUUGGUUUAUUCCGCAAGCAGGCUGUUGCAGCGUUAUGCGUGAUUGCUCUUUGCCUACUUGGCGGGGGGCGGUCUUUGAGUGGGGUUUUACGGCAUGAGUAUGAGUGAUAUGUGAGAAAUUUAGAUGAGUGCGAUCCGGACCAUGACCGGAAAGUGUCGGAGCAUUCAUCACUUACCGUGUUUCUCAUCAUCGCUCAUCUCGCCGUCACACGAGCAUGCCAAAUUUGUGGGCAAGGCGAGAUGUGUAGUAAGACAGACGUCUGGUCGAUUGAGAUCGAAAUCCCCAGGACUUAUCAUCUGCCGUGCAGUGAUAAUUGUGUUGAUGACUAGUCCAUUGAAUGAUCAGUAAGUGAUAUGACGCGUGAUGAAGCCAUUGUGGUCGUGCUGGCAACUAGUUCACGCGUUGAUAGAGUAAGAGAUUUCUCGAGAUUCAGUAAAAAGCCUUUCCGGUUUUGCGCGUAAUAACUAUGACAUUCAGUAAUAAAAUUACAGCCAUAGCCAUUAGAGUAUUCUACAAGAGAGAGACCCCCAAUUUUGAGGAUUUUC